AAACAACAGACAUUACCAGCCACCCAACACCGCAUAAUUGUCCUGCGCCCAUCCAUUAGAUCAUCUCUUAUACUCUACAUACGCUUUGUGUCGGACUCCAGUCGCUAUUGAUUGUCAUAUCGCUACAAUGGACGCCAAGGAACCACUACUCCCAUCGGAUCCUCCACCCUCGUACGAAGAUGCACGCAAAUCGCCUCUUGCCCACAACAGAUCAGCCUCGGGCGCAGCGCCAGGCAAAAGACCGCCCCCCGGCCCUCCGCCACCACUCAGCUUACCCGCGCUGAACCAACUGAGGGGAUCCAGGGUCGUCCUUGCAAGCAAAUCACCAAGAAGGAGACAGCUGCUUGCGCAGCUUGGCCUGACCAAGAUCGAUGUAUGUCCUUCGCAGUUUGCCGAGAACCUCGACCACUCCAUGGGCGCGCUGAACUAUGUGCUUGAAACCGCGUCCGCCAAAGCGCUCGAUGUCUACAAAGCCGAACUCAACAAUGAAGAACGCGGCGAGCCGGCAAUUGUCAUUUCAGCCGAUACUAUUAUAGUUUCUCACGAUGGGCGAAUACUGGAAAAGCCACGGAGCGAGGCACAUCACAUUGGCAUGCUGAAGAUGCUGAGAGAUCAGGGCGAGCACAAGGUCAUGACAGCUGUGGUGGUAAUGAAGCCGCUGGAGUCGGCCGUAGUGCCGGGCUAUGCUAUGAAGACGCACAUUGAGGAAACGACCGUCAGAUUCGAUCCUAACGUGACGGAUGAGCUUAUUCUUGCAUAUGUAAGAACACGCGACGGAAAUGACAAGGCAGGCGGAUAUGGCAUCCAGACGGCUGGUUCGGUGCUCAUUGAACGCAUAGAGGGCUCAUACGACAACGUGGUGGGACUGCCGCUUAGGGCUACUCUUAGGCUUAUCGAGAAUGUCAUGCAGCCCGAGGAGGAAGAAAGCGACGGGGAUUUCUUUGUUGAUAGUAAAGAGGAGGAAGAUGACUAGUCGCAUGUCUCGACAUGCUCUUGUGGUAUCCAUCUUGUGCAAAGGGGCCGUGGCUGGUCCAGGGUUAAAGCACUCCGGGCAUGAAUGAUAGAAUCAUGGACGUGCAUGUGUAUGCAGAAUACAAAUACCACAUAUGCGUCGUA